CUGAUGAGAAGCACAAGUCGGCGGGCUGCCUUCCUCCUGGACGGGCUCUGGUUUAUAAUCUGGAGGACGGACCUCUGCUGAAUAGGAGCCGCGGCUGGGCCCUGAAAAUGGGAAGCUGAAAAUAAGGCUUGUGAAUAAGGUAUAAAGAAACCCUUAAGAGCACCUACAGAACCAAAAGAAGUUGUUCUGCCAUUGUGCGUCUGGAAUUUCAACCAUUGACUCUAGAUGGGUUCUGCCUUCAUGAAGUACUGCUGCUGCUGCUGCUGCAGCACCGCUGACGACGACGAUGAGGAUGACGAAAAGCAGCCUUUAUUACCGCAGGAUCCCUUGGAGUAUUUUAACCGUGAAGUCCAGAAGCGUCGUGAUGAGGAGACCAACCUGUGGAGUGAACCGGGAGACCCCAGCCACUCAGAGAGACAAGACGACCGGGUGCUGUACGGCCUGCUGCAGGCCAGGACCAAGACCAGCAUGGGAUCCAAGGGCUAUCGGCGACUGAGUGUUGACAUUGAGGCCAUGAGAGAUACUCGUCGGGAAGUCAGAGACAAAUGGAGGCAAAUCCUGGAGAACUUAGGUUUCAUGGCAGAGGCAGACUCGCUGCUGAAUGUGUCAGCUGGAGCCUCACAUGACCGUAUGCGUAACGCCCCUGCAGCACGUGAUCUGCUACAUACACUCCACACUGAUACUUCCCUCUUCAGCAGCAGAGAGACACCCCCAGAAAGAUAUCUACUAAUCCUGGACCGUCUCCUCUAUCUAGAUGUAGCAGACGAUUUCCUGGCUAAGGCAAAGCGCUUCUAUCCUCCAAUGGAUGAUUCUGAAGAGGAUGAGCCGGGCCUUGCUAUAAACCUGCCGCUGCUGCUGGCCAGGAUGGAGGCCAGGAACGGAAAAGGCAAUGCAGAAACUGAGGACGAGAACGGGGGAGAUGGAAACUUGAGUGACAGAUCUUGAGAUCUACUGGCUGCAGUAAUAAUAGACACAAGGCAGGGGGCAGUAGCCAUCAACCUUGAAGACCAGGAUGACAGAAAUGCAUAGAUCCAACCAUCAAGUGUCUUUUGCUGCUUCUUGGCAGUUUUAGGCUGAACAAUUUCUAGUUUCUCACCAAUUAUACAGCUCGAGUCUUAGUGGGUUUUUCUCUUGUCGAAAUCUUAUGUGGCUUUGCUGAUUUUCUGGUAAAUGUUACUGCUAGCUUGCUCAUUGUUUAGCUGUUGUGAACCUUCAGGGUAGAGAUGUUCCUUUUAGAAGAGCCUCUUUAUUUUUGUCCUGUGAUUAUCAACCCACAUUUUAUUCAAUCACAUGAUCGAUUACGACACUGAAUAAAUAGCCAACUGAACUGCUGUCAGAUUUUCUUAAAGUUUCAAAGAAUGUAUGUUUGUGUAACUUUAAAACAUUUAAGUCUAACAUGUUGGAAAGAUAGCAGAUGGAAGUACAUUAUGUUGAACAUGUUUGCAUUGGUUGUGUAUGUGUCUUAUGUGACUUUUGGGUAAUGCAAAAAGGGUGUUUUGUCCCCUUCAGCAAUUUACUGAAAUGUGAAAGCCAUUUGGAAGUUUGUGCAUGUGAUCACGUCUCCAGUUUAUGAUUAAAUAAAG